AUCUGGCGCACGCGCAGUGCCAUCUUCAUGUUUGAAGCCGCACAAGGGGCGGAGAUCUCUGCUGUUUCCUUCCAAAAAAAUAACUGAGGAUCAACCCACGGGAAACGGUUCCCAAGUUGCGGCUUUCGAGCGACAUGCCAGGACAUAAAGUGAUGCAUUGGCCGUUUGACAGGAUUUCUCCACAGAACGAUUUACUCCAGCAGUGUUUGAUCUGGCGAUUAUAAUAUUGUUCAGUCGACACAUGUUGCACCGGUGCCGUCCACAAUCCCACAUUCAUACUUCCAGCAGCCUUUUGCAUCGCUUCAGGAUCCUGUCUUUAGAUUAACGAGAUCUAAAACUCAGUUGUCUGGUCAGUAUUUGUGUGUAUUUAUGUGUUGUCCUGAGCCGUGGUUCUUCUCGGCAAAGUCAUGGAGCCCAACAUGGAGUACAUCGUGGCGCAGGUCACACAGAAAGAGGUCGGACGACGGUUUCAAGUCGGGCCAGAAAUCAUAGACUACAUCCUGGACGAACAGAAGUCACAUGACCUGGAGCACGAUCAGAACAUGCUGGACCGGAUGGUGGACAGUCUGGCGACCUCAUGGGUCAACGCAAGCAAUUUCAAGGUGGCGCUGCUGGGAAUGGACAUAGUAUCUGCUUUAGUGACCAGACUACAGGAACGCUUCAAAACGCAAAUAGGAACAGUUCUGCCCAGUUUAAUCGAUCGUUUAGGUGAUUCUAAGGACCAGGUUCGGGAUCAAGCGCAGGCUCUUCUGUUGAAAAUCAUGGACCAAGCGGCCAAUCCGCAGUAUGUUUGGGACCGAAUGCUGGCGGGAUUCAGACAUAAAAACAUCCGGAGCAGAGAAGCUGUUUGCUUUUGCCUUAUUGCCACUCUUAAUGUAUACGGAGCUCAGGGUUUAACCCUUAGCAAGAUUGUUCCUCAUAUUUGUCAUCUGUUAGGAGACCCAGCGAGUCAGGUUCGGGACGGUGCGAUGAACUGUCUGGUGGAGAUUUACAGACACGUCGGGGAGAGAGUGAGGGUGGAUCUGGGGAAGAAGGGGCUGCCACAGUCACGGUUGAAUGUGAUUUUCAGAAGGUUUGAUGAAGUCCAGAGGUCUGGGAACAUGACGCUAUCCUCAGAUAAGAGCGUCGAUGAUGAAGAUUCGGUGGAUGGAGGUCGUUCCUCGUCGUCCUCUAAAGGAGCGUCAUCGGUGCGUCGGACAGGAUCCAUGCGCAGACCGAGCUCAGCGUCCAGCACCAAGAGCUCAGGUAAGGAGAGCUCUGGUGCUGGAGCUGUUGAUGAGGAAGACUUUAUCCGUGCCUUUGAAGAUGUGCCCGCUGUACAGAUUUACUCACCUCGAGAGCUCGAGGACUCCAUGAACAAGAUCCGAGAAAUUCUGUCCGAUGACAAACAUGAUUGGGAACAGCGAGUAGCUGCACUAAAAAAGGUUCGUUCUCUGAUGUUGGCCGGCGCGAGCGACUACGAUGGUUUUUCGCAGCAGUUACGGCAGCUGGAGGGGCCGCUCAAACUCUCGGCUAAAGAUCUACGCUCGCAGGUGGUGCGUGAGGCCUGUAUCACACUCGGACACCUGUCGUCUGUGUUGGGUAAUAGAUUUGAUCACGGAGCUGAAAACAUCAUGCCAACCUUACUGAACCUCGUCCCCAACAGCGCUAAAGUUAUGGCCACAUCCGGAAUGGCAGCAAUUCGUCUCAUUAUACGGCACACUCACUAUCCACGUCUGAUUCCUAUCAUGACCAGCAACUGCACUUCCAAAUCAGUGGCCGUCAGACGACGCUGUUAUGAGUUUUUAGACCUUCUGCUUCAGGAGUGGCAGACUAAUUCUCUCGAGAGGCACGUCGCUGUCCUGAUAGAAACCAUUAAGAAAGGAGUUCAUGAUGCUGACUCUGAGGCCAGAUCAGUCGCUAGGAAAUGUUACUGGGGUUUCCACGCCCACUUCAGUAAGGAGGCGGAGCAUCUGUUUCAGGCGCUGGAACUGACCUAUCAGAAAGCACUGCAGUCUCACCUGAAGAGCUCGGACAGCAUCAUGUCUUUGCCGCAGUCCGACCGCUCGUCCUCCAGCUCGCAGGAGAGCCUCAAUCGGCCGCUGUCUGUUAAAACACCUGUCGGGAGCAACUUGAGCAAAACUAAAGGGGUGAAUUCUCGUGCAUCCUCUUCGUCUGGCUCUCUCCAGCGAUCGCGUAGUGAUGUGGACGUUAACGCCGUGGCCAGUGCCAAAUCACGAAUGCCAGCCGUUGCUGCUACUGCCCCCUUCAGCUCAGCUGCGGCACUGCCGCCUGGUUCCUACGCCUCUCUGGAUGCGGCUGGUAAUGUGGAGGGUCGUGUGCGAACCAGACGACAGAGUUCAGAGACGGCAGUUGGGGGCGGAGCUUCUGUGACUGACAGUAGGGGGCGGAGCCGAGCCAAAGCUGUGUCCCAAUCACAGCGAUCCAGAUCAGCUAAUCCGGUGGGGGGUAAAACUCAUGCGGGCAGCCGCUCUAGUUCACCUGGGAAGCUCUUGGCUCGCUCUUCCAUGAGAAUCCCUCGAUCCACCGGAUCCUCGGGAGCGGCGUCAGACAAACGCUGUAAGAUCCCCCGCAGUCAAGGCUGCAGCCGAGAGACGAGCCCCAGCCGCGCGCGAGACGUGCGGGCCAGUCGUAUCCCGCGGCCCAGCAUGAGUCAGGGCUGUAGUCGUGACACCAGUCGGGAGAGUAGCAGAGACACCAGUCCAGCUCGAGGGUUCAGUCCGCUGGCAUCCCACAGAUACUCUCGCUCCACCAGUGCGCUGAUGGCUGGCGAUGUCCUGCAGACAGAUCGGUUCGGUCUCAUCCAUCAGGCCAUGCGGAUCUUGAACACGGGCACAGAGGUGGAGGCGGCCGUGGCAGACGCUCUGCUUUUAGGAGACUCCAGGACUAAGCGGAGGCCGAUGCGCCGGCGCUAUGAAUCUCCCGGGAUGUACUCGGAUGACGACGCCAACAGCGAUGCAUCCAGUGCCUGCUCCGAACGCUCCUUCAGCUCCCGUAACGGUGCCGCCCCGCAGUACCUGCGUCAGACGGAGGACGUGGCCGAGAUCCUGAACCACUGCGCCAGCUCCAACUUUUCCGAGAGGAAAGAAGGGCUGCUGGGACUCCAGAGCCUCCUGAAGAGCCAAAGAGUGCUUAGUCGUGUGGAGCUGAAGAGACUGUGUGAGAUCUUCACCCGAAUGUUUGCAGAUCCUCACAGCAAGAGGGUGUUCAGCAUGUUCCUGGAGACGCUGGUGGACUUCAUCACGUUGCACCGAGACGAUCUUCAGGACUGGCUCUUCGUUCUUCUCACGCAGCUGCUGAAGAAGAUGGGGGCCGAUCUUCUGGGCUCCGUUCAGGCCAAAGUUCAGCGGGCCCUCGACGUCACCAGGGACUCUUUUCCGUACGAUCAGCAGUUCAACAUCCUGAUGCGGUUUAUCGUGGAUCAGACUCAGACCCCAAACCUCAAGGUGAAGGUGGCCAUCCUGAAGUACAUCGAGUCUUUGGCCAGACAAAUGGAUCCGUCAGACUUCGUGAACUCCAGCGAGACUCGAUUAGCCGUCUCUCGAAUCAUCACGUGGACCACGGAGCCGAAGAGCUCAGACGUCAGGAAGGCUGCUCAGAUGGUUCUGAUCGCCCUGUUUGAGCUGAACACCCCAGAGUUCACCAUGUUGUUAGGAGCUCUGCCCAAAACCUUCCAGGACGGAGCCACUAAACUCCUGCACAGCCAUCUGAAGAACAGCAGUAACGCUGCUGCAGUGUCUCAGGCGUCUCCCAGCGGCAGCAGCAGUGUGGGACGCACCCCUCCACGACACCCGGUGACCCGCAGCAGCCCGCUGACCUCGCCCACCAACGGCUCACACGGGGGUCUGUCACCCAGUCGUUUGUGGGGCUGGAGCUCAAAGCCUUCUUCUAACCUCCCUCCUCCCCACCCCGGCCCAACCACCCCCCCUCUCCGGGCCUAUCGGAGGGCGUAUUCGCCCAGUAUGUUGGAGUACGACACAGAGAACAUGAACUCUGAGGAAAUCUUGAGCUCAUUGAGAGGUGUAACCGAAGCCAUCCAGAGCUUCAGUUUUCACAGUAAGGAAGACAUACUCGAGCCCAUCAAACAUGACGGCAAGAGGGAAGAUACGACCGGUGUGGAUCCUCGUUUGUCUGCUGGGGUGAUGGAAGGAGGCCGGACGGCACUGGACAACAAGACGUCAUUAUUAAACACACCAUCUUCUCGAUCGAUCAGUGGCCCUUGGGCUCGCGAAUACAACCCAUACAACUACAGCGACUCCAUCAGCGCCUACGAGAAAGGAGCUCUCACCAUGUUUGACGACGUGGAGCACAUCCCAGAUGGUCGUCCACAGGACUGCGCAGAAAACAAAAUCCUGCAUCCGAAAGGUUAUUCUGCAGGACCCGGGCCGCACCUGGAGAUGAUUGGUGAGCUGCUGAAGGAGCUGUCCAAUCACAGCGAGCGUGUGGAGGAGAGGCGGGCCGCUCUGCUGGAGCUGCUGAAGAUCACGCGUGACGACAGUCUGGUCGUGUGGGAAGAGCAUUUCAAAACCAUGCUGCUGCUGCUGCUGGAGACGCUGGGAGACAGAGACCACACCAUCCGAGCGCUGGCUCUGCGCGUCCUGAAGGAGAUCAUGCGCAGUCAGCCGACGCGCUUCAAGAACUACGCAGAACUCACCAUCAUGAAAACCCUGGAGGCCCAUAAAGACUGUCACAAAGAGGUGGUUCGGGCGGCGGAAGAAACGGCGUCCACGCUGGCCGGAUCCAUCCACUCGGAGCAGUGCAUCAAAGUCCUGUGUCCCAUCAUCCAGACGGCCGACUACCCCAUCAACCUCGCCGCUAUUAAGAUGCAGACCAAAGUAAUCGAGCGCAUUCCCCAGGAUUCCCUGAUUCAGCUCCUGCCAGACAUCAUCCCUGGACUCUUACAGGGUUAUGAUAACACCGAGAGCAGUGUACGUAAGGCCAGUGUGUUCUGUUUGGUGGCUGUUUAUUCAGUCAUCGGUGAAGAUCUGAAGCCUCAUCUGCAGCAGCUGACCGGCAGCAAGAUGAAGCUCUUGAAUCUGUACAUCAAGAGAGCUCAAACCACCAACAGCACCAGCAGCAGUUCUUCAGACGUCUCGUCUCACAGCUGAAUCACUCUCCCGUG